GCAAAAAAGGCGCGUCAAGGAGGAGCUGGCUCAUCUGGAGUCUAAUAUGAAGGAACCAGAGAAAAAUGACCUAAGGGCCCAAACAUUGGGUUGUCUUCAAUAUUCGAGUUUCAUGAAGAAGGCAGCAAAUGAAGACUUGGGGUUGCUUGAUCUUCGACAAAAAGAAGAUAUUCUCAGUGAGCAGAAUAAGAUCUUCAAUUUUAACAUGGUACAGUAUGACUCUCACACUGAGAAGAUGGAACCAGAGAAAGCUAAGUUUGAGAUGUCUAUGCUUGAAUGUCGUUGUAUGGAGAUGGAAACACAGCAUGAAAACACAAGGACACAGAUGGAUCACAUUAAAACUCAACUUGCAAAGGUAGAAGAAGAAAAUAAAUGCUUACGAUUGCAAGUUGAAGAGAAGGUGGCACUUAGUUGGCUGAAUAGUCUUGCCACUCAGGAGUGGGGUUAUCUGGGAUCUCAAAAUGUAGAUUUGGACACAAACAAGCAAGACUUGACGACACAAGUCAGAGCUCCUCCCGAGAACAAUUUGGAUGAGCAAAAUAAGGCCCUCAAAGAUCAGAUUGCAGACCUAAAAACACAAGUAAAAAAUCAUAAGGAUGUUGAGGACACACUGAUUAGACAGAAUGCUUUCCUUAAAAAUGAGGUGGCUGAGCUUCAAUCACAGAGUUUGAAGAUGCAAACUGACAAUGGAGACAUGAGGAAACAAAUUCUUGUCCUCCCAGACAAGCAGAACCAACUUGAAGAUCAAAUUAAGUCCCUUAGUGUUGAGCUAUCUCAGCUUCAAUCACAUACCACAAUGAUGGAGAGAGAGAAUGGUGACUUGACGGCACAACUUAAAUUUCAUCAAGAAAAUGAGAAAACUCAGAUUCAGUCAAUAAGUUUGGAGAUGAAAAGCCCAGAAGAUGAUGAAAUGAACAAUGAAAUGAGGGAAGGCGAGAAAGAAGACUUGAGCGCUCAAGUUAAAGCACUUCAAGAAAACAAGAACCAACUAUAUGACGAAAUUAAGUCCCUCACUGACAAAUUAGCUCUGCUUCAGCCUCAGAGUGUGGAAACACAAAAUUAUGAAUUAAGGGCAAAAGUUAAAGCUCUUCAAGAAAACAAGAACUGUCUCGAUGAUGACAUUAAAUCCCUGAAUGAUGGGUUAGCUCGAGCUCGAUCUCAGAGUGCAAAGAUGGAAACACAGAAUUGUGAAUUGAGGGGACAAGUUAAAUCCCUUCAAGAAAACAAGAACCAACUACAGGAUGAAGUUAAGUCCCUCAAUGAUCAGAUGGCUUUGCUUCAGUCUCAGAGAGCAAAGAUGGAGACGCAGAACAGUGACUUAAAGACACAAGUUAAAGCGCUUCAAGAAAACGAGGAUGUUUUGAUUAGGCAGAAUGAGUCACUCAACGAUGAGGUGUCUCGACUUGAUAGCUGCAAUGUUAGGACAGAUAAACAAAAUGAAAACUUGCGGACACGAGUAAAGACUCUGAAAGAAAAUGAGAAUACCUUAAGUGAGAAGACAGAGAAACUCAUGGCUGAAUUGUCCAGCUUUGAAUAUAAAAGGGAAAAUGAUCAAACUGAAAUUUAUCGUCUGAGAACAGAGCGGCAGACACUUAGAUGUCAAUUACAAGAUCAAGAUGAACUAUUCAGAAGGAUAGAUGAUGCUGAAUCUCUCAUGGAGACGGAGAGGGCAGAGAAGCAAAGGUUGAGCCACAAACUGGGUGAUCUUGAGGAAGAGGGUAACUUUGUAAAAAAGCAAAAUGAUGUUGUUAGAGUUGAGUUAGAGAAGUAUAAAUCUGUCCAAGAGGAACAGAGUGAGCAGAUUGCUCAGCUGAAGGCCGCAUUAAAAGAGCAUAAACUCCAACUUGAGGAGGCUCAAUUUUUACUGUACAGUAAAGAUGACGAGUUAGCAAAGCAAAACAGGAAAAUUGUUUAUCAAAAUGAAGUCACAGAGGAGCUUAACUCUCUUGUGAGCAGUUUUAAACAACGAAUACAUGAUCUUCAAGGCCAGGUGGAACACAGGCAGAUGGAUGAAAUAUUAACUGCAAAUAACAUUUGUGGAAGCCUCGCGGAGACAGCGCCUGAGGAUGAGACAAUUGGUGAAAACCAAUUGAGAUAUAAGACAGAGAUGAAAGAUGUGAGCUUGCAAAUGAAAGAGCUUCAUGAAAAAAAUCGCUUGAUUGAGCCAAAAAGGCUCUUAAAGCAUACCUUGGCUUUGUGUGACUCUCCAAGUCUGAAGAUGGAAACAGAAAAUGAAGAAUUGAGGACACAAGUUAAAGAUCUUCAAGAAAAUGAAGUCAAACUGAUGAAGCUGAACAGACACCUUAAUGAACAGCUGGCUCAUCUUGAUUCUUGGGGUGCAAAGAAUGGAGAUUUGGGGGUACAAAUUGAAGAGCUUCGAGAAAAAGAUGACACGGUAACCAACGAGAACCACCUCAGUGAAAAGCGCGUUGUUCUUGAAAUACAGCGUUUGAAGAUGGAAACAGAAAAUGAAGAACUGAGGACACAUGUUACAGCUCUUCAAGAAAACGAAGUCAAACUGGCUGAGCUUGAAACUUGGAGUUUGAAGAUGGAGACAGAGAAUGGAGAUUUAAGAGUGCAAGUUGAAGAUCUUAAAGAAAAUGAGAAACUUAUAAAGCAAAGGACAGAGGCCCUCGUGGCUGAUUUGCAUCAAAGGGACAAGUAUAAAACUGAGAAUAACCGUCUGAGGACAGAAAUUCAGACAGUCAGAUCACAAUUGCAUGAUCAAAGUGACCUAAGGAGAAGGAUAGAUCAUGCUCAAACACAAAUGGAGAAGGACUUGGCAGAGAACGAACAGUUGAGUAACAAAGUGCGGGAGCUUGAAGAAAGGAACAACUCUCUAAAAAAGCAGCAUGAGAUUGUUCGAGCGGAGAUGGAAGCACAUAAAUCUGUUCGAGAGCUACAACAACAAACGAUUGCACAGUUGAAGGCAGCAUUAAAAGAUAAUAAACUCCAGGUUGAGGAGGCUAGCUCUCUUCUCGGGAGCAAAGAUGAUGAGUUGGAAAAGCUAAGUGAAGACACAGAGGAGAUGAAGAGACUUAUUAUAAUUUUAAAACAAAGAAAUUGCCAUCUUCAAGGGCUGCCAGAACGCAGUCAAACUGCAAAUAAGGAGGAACCUGUUGACAAAUGUCUACUAGACACAUGUGCGUUGGAGCUGGACAAGGUUCACCUGAAGUCUGCAACUAGCAGACUUCACAAUCACACAAAUAUUUGGUGUUGGCAAUUUAAAGCUUUUAUGAUUUUUUUUUUUGCAGGACUCUUUGUGGUUGUGUUUAUUCCUCUUGCUUUUGUUUUAUUUAUCAACAUUUUCACUGAUAUUGACAUACCAGACAUAUUUGUUCUAACUGACAGAUGCUAGAGUUUUGUAUUGCAAUAGUUCCUUGUCUUUGGAAAGUACUUUUUGGGUCAUAUAUGACUUCUUUCAUAAACUUUAAGGGUCACUGUGUUUUAGGUUAAAGUGAUGACAUUACUUUUUAGCUUGUUUACUAACUAGUCUCUUGUAAAUGUUUUUUUUUUUUUUUUCAUAAACCUGACAAGAAUGUCUAGACUCUUAUGC